GUGUUUGUGUGUGUGGGUCUGUGUGUGUGUGGCUCAGAGAGAGAGAGAGGAGGAGGAGGUUGAAACCAUCGCAGAAGCCAGGUGUCACCUGGACUUGCAUUUAGGUGGAUUUUGUUUUGAUUCGGCGUUUUUUGUUGUUGCUAUGUCUCAUCAAACGGGUAUUCAAGCGUCCACGGAGCUCAAGGAGGUGUUCUCCAAGGCGCGCGACGGAGAGAUUCGCCUCAUCAAGGUCUCCAUCAAGGAUGAGAAGCUGGUGCUUGCUGCCCAGCGGCGGCCGGGGGGCCCGUGGGAGCGCGACUAUGAUGCGCUGAUGCUGCCCUUGCUGGAGGACAAGCAGCCGACGUACAUCCUGCUCCGGCUCGACUCGCGCAACGCCCAGGGCUACGAGUGGCUCUUCAUCUCCUGGUCGCCCGACCUCUCGCCGGUGAGACAGAAGAUGCUCUACGCUGCAACCAGAGCCACGGUGAAGAAUGAGUUUGGUGGAGGCCACAUCAAGGAGGAGAUGUUUGGGACAGCCCUGGAUGACGUGUCCUACAACGGCUACAACAGACAUCUACUCGCUCGCUCCGCGCCAGCUCCUCUUACAGCAGCGGAAGAGGAGCUGCAGCGGAUAAAAUUGAAUGAGGUGAACACGGACAUCAGCGUGGACAGCAAGCACCAGACGCUGCAAGGCGUGGCCUUCCCCAUCGAGGAGAGGGCGUUGGAGGCGCUCUACCGGCUCAAGACUCGCAAGAUCAACUACGUGCAGCUGAGCAUCGACCUGAACCUGGAGACCAUCAACCUGGAGCACACGGAGCGCACGACCGUGGACGAGCUCCCGUGCCGCAUCCCGUCGGACGCGGCACGCUACCACUUCUUCCUCUUCACGCACAUGCACGAGGGGGAGCAGCUGCACUCCGUCGUGUUCAUCUACUCUAUGCCCGGGUACAAGUGCAGCAUCAAGGAGCGCAUGCUGUACUCCAGCUGCAAGAGUUCGCUGCUGGACGUCGCUGAGAAGAAGAUCGGCCUGGACGUCGCCAAGAAGCUGGAGAUUGACGACGGCGCGGAGCUGACGACUGAGUUCCUUUACGAAGAGGUCCACCCGAGGGAACUUGCCUACGCGCAGGCGUUUGCCAAGCCGCGUGGGCCUUCUGGCAAACGCGGACUCAGGCGCAUCAUCCGCAACUCGGGUCUGUCGCAGCUCUCCGACGAGUGAAGGACGUCGGUGGGCCGUGGAACGCGCUCGCGCCUGCAGCCGGCAGGACGGCGGGGAGGCAUUGAUGGGGGUCACGGGUCGUUGUGAGAAACGAACAGCAAAGAAAAUGGGCCGUGGUGGUUUGGGCCAGAUUUUUGUUUUGUUCUCUUUGUGUUGGUGGGCUGGGGGGGGAAAGGUUCAUGGUUCAAGAGGCCCCUUGCUUGAGUUUCGUUGGUAGCAAAAUGUGUCUGAGAGACGGCCCAAUGAGCCACUUUUUUUCUGCCGUGGUGGCAGAAACCAUGCCCUAUAUGUCUGCUGUUUAGGAAGGGAACGGAUCUCAGUAACAAAAUUUGUUGAGAAAAUACCAAAAAAAACUUUACUACAGAUAGUGCUUGUACAUGCAUUGUCGCAUACGAGUGUCGCGUUUGGAACGUUUGUCGCGCGAGGGUGUCUUUCCGCGUAGUUUUUUUGUGUUGCAUAAGGUAAAGUUAAAUAACAUCAUUGAGAAGAAACACAUUAGUUACUAAUAAGGCCGCGGACUCAUCGACCGUGAGAACUGAGAAAGGUUUAUAAAAGCAAAUCGGUGGCUUUAAAGCAGAAACGAUGGUGUGAAAAGGCGUUUGUCAUGCGGUGUAGUGAGCGAUGCUCUUAAGAGAUUUGUGCGUGAAUGCAAAGCAAAACAUAUACGGCACUAUUUUUGUUGCUUGACCGAGAAGUGACUUUAACCACUAAGUGCUAUCAUUCCAAUGUCUGUAGACCUGCACAAUGACUUGAUUUAAAUUGGGGGUGUUGAUUUACAGCAAUUUUUUUUUACUGAAGCCAGCUGCAUCAACAUUUUCAUCAAAAUGUUGAUAUCCCAGUUUAAAAUGCAACUCUAGAAAA